AUGUCCACCACCGUCAUCUCCUCCCCCGGCAAGGUCCUCGUCGCCGGCGGCUACCUCGUCCUAGACCGCGCCUACUCGGGCCUCGUCGUCGCUACCUCCAGCCGCUUCUACUCGUCCGUCACAUCCCUCCCCUCGGACGCCCAAAACGCCACGAUCUCGGCCCGCGCUGGUCAAUUCCCUAAAGAAAAGUCUACCUGGAACUACAAACUGUCACUGCAUUCAUCCCCCGACGAACCCGUUUUGACCUUGUCGCAGACAAACGAAGCGGAGGUCGGCAGGAACAAGUUUAUCGGUAUCGCGGUCACCAAAGUGCUCGAGUACGCUUAUGAGAGUAUUCUACUUUCGACGAAGGAUGAGGAGAAGGCAGUGGAAGAGCUCUUGAGACGGAUAGGAGGCGGACUGGAGGUGGUAGUCUUUGCGGACAAUGACUUUUACUCGCAACGCGAGCAGCUCGCAUCCCUCUCCCUCCCAGCUCGCCUCUCAUCCCUCCCCUCCCUCCCCCCCUUUACCCCCCUCCCCCGCCCAAUCCCCCAAACAAACAAAACAGGUCUCGGCUCCUCCGCCGCCCUAACCACCUCCCUGACCGCCUCCCUUCUCGUUCACCUCGCCAUCGUCCCCCAAUCCCCCCACGGCGAGAUCGACGACCAAGGAAAGGAUGUGGUGCAUGCUGUUAGCCAGUUGGCGCAUUGUUUGGCGCAGGGGAAGGUGGGGAGUGGGUUUGAUGUUUCGAGUGCGGUUUAUGGGUCGCAUGUUUAUACGAGGUUUUCGCCAGAGGUGCUGGCGCCGCUUAUGGACCUUGCCCCUUUCUCCGCCCCUUCGCCUCUGCUCGAGCACCUCGACCCCGGCAAGUGGGACUCCAAAGUCAAGCCAUUCCGACUGCCGAAAGGCCUCCGGCUCGUACUCGCCGACGUCGAUGCCGGGACAGAUACCCCGUCUUUCGUGGGGCAGGUGCUGAAGUGGCGAAAGGAGAAGCCGGAGGAAGCGGGGGAUGUGUGGGGCAGGCUGGAUGGGGCGAAUAAUGCGCUGAGGGAGGUUUUGAUGGCGUUGGUUGGGAGGGAGGGAGAGGGAGAGUAUGAGGAUGUUUUGGGUCAGGCUCACGCCUGGACGCUUGCAGAUCUCUCUUCCGUGCCCUCCCCCUCCCCCACCAUGACACUCCUCAGAACCCUCGCCGAAUCGCUCCUCAACAUCCGAGCGCUGCUGCGCGAGAUGUCGGACAAGUCGGGGGUGGGGAUCGAGCCGGAAGAGCAGAGCAGGCUGUUGGAUGCUUGUGGGGAAGUGGGGGGUGUUUUGGGAGGGGGUGUCCCGGGAGCCGGCGGCUACGACGCCCUCUACCUCCUCACCAUCGACCACCCCGCCCCCCUGACCGCAAUCGAUGACCUGUGGGCGAACUGGAAUGAGAUGGACGUCUGCCCGCUUGGGUGUGCGCAGAGUGAUGGGGGACUGAGAGGGGAGGAUGUGGGGGAGGUGAAGGGGUUGGUGGAGGCGCUUGGGAGGGUUUGA